AAAUUAAGACCAUUUGUUAAAAAUGAAAUCGAGUAAAAAUAUUGGAGUUGGCGUCAGCUGGGGAGAAUUGCCAACACGAGAAACUCACAAACAAGAAGUUAUUACUCCAGAUAUUAUUGAAAAUAUUUGGAGGCAAGUUCUUGAUGACUGUAAUAGCACUGAGUGUGAUUAUCAAACGGACCAAGAUCAAGAAUUCAUUCAAUUACCUGUAGAAAACCCUUACGUUUUAAAUACCAUUCAACUGCAUCGCCAACGAAGGUCAAUGGAAAAUGGACUCAUAAUAAGGGGAAUUUCUUCAGUUGAUGACAUAAAUUACUCUAGAAUAAGGAAACCUAAAAAUCCAUUUCAUUUUUUAUCACCAAAGAAAGAAAAUGAAGUACCGAAAAACAAAAUAGCAAAUUAUAAUUUAAGGCCAUCAACUGCAAGGAACUUGUUGAAACAUGCAGUAAUUGUACUUAUCGCACAUAUUGGUUUUGAAAUGUCCUCAGACAUUGCGAUAGAAACUUUGGUGGAUAUUGCUGAUAAUUUAUUGCGAAAAAUUACUUUUCUAUUGAAAUCUGCGAGUGAGCAACAGCUUCCAGGAUUUCCAGAUGUUUUGGAAAGAAUAUUAGUCGAAACUAAUAUAGGCAGUGUAGCUGAUAUUUAUGAUUAUUAUCAAAAUUACGUUAUAAAGUUCGAGAAAAGAGUUAAAAGGAAUGUAGAAAUAAUGUCUGAAAAACAGCAGUCUGAGUUGAGUACAACAGCCAAAUUAGAACUUGAAGAAGCUGUUAACAAGCUCCAAUUUGAUGAGUUGGAUCAUUUUGUAAAUCCUUAUAAAGAUGUUCCAACGUUACAACUGCUUGAUCCAGAAAUAGGAUUUCCACCAAGUUUAGAUGCUGGUUUUCAAAUGCUUCAUAGUUUAGAACAAGAUGAGCUUAAUAAUUUGGAGAUUGAUCGAGAAGAAUCCAACCCUAAUGAUUCAUCAGUUAGUGUACAACAACCAGCAAAAAAAAAGAAAAAAGAUUGUUAAUUAUACUAAGAAUUUAUAUUUAAUAAUUAUUUUAUAUAAAAAAAAA